AUGGUUCACGGUUCUCUACCGAGAGUUUUUGUGCAAAGGGGUCUCACUCCAUCACCACCAGCCUGGGUCGAGAAAGGCGGCGUCGUCGGCCGCGGCGUGCUGCUCGACUACGCCGGCUUCUGCGCGCGCCACGCGAUCCCCCUCGACGCCUUCGCCAGCAGCUCCAUCUCCCUGGCGCACCUGCGGCAGGUCGCCGCCGAGCAGGGCAUGACCUUCCGGCCCGGCGACAUCCUGCUCGUGCGGUCGGGCUUCACGGCGGGCUACAACGCCAAGGACGAGGCGGCGCAGCGGGCCGUGGCGGCGCGCGCGAGCCCGGACUUCCUCGGCGUCGAGCCGACGGCGGAGGUGCUGCGGUGGAUCUGGGAGAGCGGCUUCGCGGCCGUGGCGGGCGACGCGCCGAGCUUCGAGAGGGCGCCCAUCGCGGGGCCGCACACGGCCGUCGGCGGCGUCUGGAAGGGCGAGCCGUGGGAGGAGGAGAUGCAGGGCGGCGGUCUGCUGCAUCAGUGGCUGCUGGGCGGCUGGGGGCUGCCCAUCGGGGAGAUGUUUGACCUCGAGGCCCUGAGCGUGAAGUGUCGAGAGUUGGGACGAUGGACGUUUUUUGUGAGCAGCGUGCCGUUGAAGGUUCCGGGGGGUGUUGCAAGCCCUCCCAACGCGGUUGCAAUCUUCUGA